AUGGUCACUCCAGAAAUGAAUUUUGUUCUUACAAAAGGGAUUUCUAAUGAAGAAAUUGAAAGGGCUAUAUUUAGUAUGAAUGGUCUUGGUUCUCCAGGACCUGAUGGUUUUCCUGCUAUUUUUUACCAAAAUCAUUGGGGAGUGAUUGGUCCUGACAUAUGUGCAACCGUCAAGAAUGCUUUUCUAGCUGCUGAGUGGCCUAAAGACUUCAAUGCAACUUAUAUUACUCUCAUCCCCAAAGUGAAAAAUCCUUCAAGAGUAACUGAUUUUAGGCCUAUAAGCCUUUGUAACGUAAUAUACAAGAUCUUGGCUAAGGUUCUGGCCAACAGACUUAAGCUUUUCUUAUCUCAGUUGAUCUCUAACACUCAAAAUGCCUUUGUUCCCAACAGUUUGAUCACUGAUAAUGUAGUGGUGGCUUUUGAAGCUAUGCACUCUAUGCAAACUCAGAUCAAAGGGAAUGAAGGAUUCAUGGCUCUAAAGUUGGAUAUGAGCAAGGCAUAUGAUAGGAUUGAAUGGUCCUUUCUUCAAGCUGUCAUGAUAAGGAUGGGAUUUGACUCUAAAUGGAUUGAGGUGAUUCUAAGAUGUGUUUCUACUGUGUCAUAUUUUGUUCUUUUAAAUGGGAUCCCAAAAAGCUCUUUUACUCCUUCUCGAGGGAUAAGGCAAGGAGACCAUUUGUCUCCUUACCUUUUUAUUAUCUGUGUUGAAUCUCUAAGUAAAAUGAUCCAAAGUGCUGAAGGGACUGGUGCUAUUACAGGUGUUCCUCUGGGUAGAAAUCAGGCAAGUGGUCAAAGACUUAACAAGGAAAAAACCUCAAUUCUAUUUAGCAAAAACACUAAGGCUGAAGCUCGAGAUCUAAUCACUCAAGUUGCAGGCAUUCAAUCCUCUCAACCUUAUGACAAAUAUUUAGGUCUUCCCGUGGAGAUUGAUUCAAAGUCUCUCCUAUUAGAAAUUGGUCGAUUGACUCAACAGUUUUGUUGGGGUCAGAAAGUUGAGGAGAGGAAGAUGCAGUGGUGUCACUGGGAUAAGAUGGUUAAGGCUAAAGCAGUGGGGGGUUUAGGAUUCAGAGACCUUGAACAUUUUAAUCAUGCAAUGCUGGCUAAACAAGGAUGGAGAUUGCUUCACUUCCCUAAUUCUCUUGCUGCAAAAGUUCUCUCCCCUAAAUACUAUCCUGAUGGUCAGUUCCUAAAAGCUACAACUCCAAGGCAUUCAUCCCUUAUAUGGAGAAGUCUCAGGGCUGCUAAACCUUUGUUGGAAGAAGGCUUAUUUUGGCAUAUUGGUAAUGGAGCAGGUACUAAGAUAUGGCACCACAAGUGGUUGCCUAUUCCAACUUCAUUCAAAGUUCAAAGUCCUAUUAGUUGUUUUGAUCCUGAGGAGUCUAUUUCUGCACUUAUUGACCAUGAAGCCAAAACCUGGAAGACAAAUGUUAUUGAUCAAGUUUUUCUUCAAAGGGAAGCUGAAAUAAUUAGACAGAUUCCAAUAAGUUUAUGCAACAGUCCUGAUAAAGUUGUCUGGAGAUGUACUUCUAAUGGGAUUUUUUCUGUUAGAAGUGCAUAUCAUCUGCAACUUGAGCUUCAUCAGAGAGAUAAAGAAUCUGUAGAACAUGUCUUAUGGGAGUGCGUGGCAGCUAGGGAUGUGUGGUGUCUUUGCUCAUCAAAAUUGCAGAAACAAUGUAAGAACCAGAUUAACUUCAGGAGCUUGUUGAUGCAUAUGGUGCAGGAACUUGAACAUGAAGUUUUAAUGGAAGUGGCUGUGGUGGCAUGGAAAAUUUGGAGGGGAAUGAAUGAUUUGGUUUUUAACCAAACUUUUUCUACCCCUCAAUUUAUUGUGAGAAAGGCAACUCAGAAACUUGAAGAUCUCAUUGCUCUUUUCUCUCAACAAACAUCUAAUUCUACAACCACCAUCCCUCAGACUAUCCAAUGGAGUGCUCCCCCUGCUGAUGUGUACAAAGUCAAUUGGGAUUCUGCAGUGGCUAAAGUGAAUUGCAAAGUGGGUGUUGGGACUAUUAUCCAGAAUUGGGAAGGAAGAGUGAUUGCUUGUAUGAGGAUGUGCAGACCUCUAUUUCCUGACCCUUACUUGGCUGAGACUUUUGGAGCUCUACAAUCUGUUAAGCUGGCUUUAGACAUUGGAUUGAAACAGAUCAAACUUGAAGAGAAUGCAAUGAAUGUAAUAAAUGACAUCAAAGGCAACAAAGAUAGCUGGAAACAAACUGGUUUGAUCAUUACUGAUAUCAAACAGAUGCUAUUGAGUUUUGAUUCAUUUUCAGUUGAUUUUGCACCUAGAGGCUGUAAUAGUUUGGCUCAUUGCUUAGCUAGAGAUGCUCUACACAUCACUGAUGUCCUUGUUGAUAUUGAGGAUGUCCCUUAUUGUAUUGCUUCUCUAUUGUAA